UGUGCUGAAGCAGUUCAGAUAAGCUUGAAUAGAGAACACAGUUAUGUUUAAGUCUCCAUCCAGACGUGGCCGCCAGCCUUACUUAGAACCACAAGAGGCAAAAAGACGGCGUUUGGAACGGUACCGUUUGCGGAGGAAGCAGAUGGUUAAUAUCGGCACAGAGAUUGAUCGCUGGCAGCAAUUGAAAUCGGAAUUGGGUUUUGACAAAGAUACUUGUUUGGCUAAAUUCCUCUUAGAUUAUUACAGGUCCCAUCAUGUUUCCACAACAUUACUUUCAGAUCCAAAAGCAAGGAGAGAGCUUGUUCACCACAAAAGGAAAGAUGAAAGCAGUAAUGCAUCAUCUACAUCCUCCUUGGAAAAUCAAAGUGAACAAUGUGUCCGAUCUUCACUGAUGAUUACAUUUCCUCAAAGAACUCCUUUACAAUUGUCAGCUGUUGGUUUAUCCACUGUUGAUAGUGACACAGACAUGGAACAUGAUAAAGACAGUAUGGAGUUUGUCGAAGAUUCUGUAGAUGUGACUGAAUAUCUUCUGCCAGACAACUGCAUAAGUUCUAAGCUGAUGGACUGCACAGUUGAAGAAGAGGUCUUAAAUAUCAUUAACAACGAAGUAGUGUCUGGGGAGGAAGAAUCUAUCCAAGUUCCAGUGGCUUCGACACCUGACAAGAGCAUAUGUAGCAUGAGGACUGGUAUUGUCUACGAUACAUGUCUUAUGUCCCUCGCUAAGAAAGCAUUUUCAAGGUGUGAGCAUCUCAACUGCAAUGGUAAAAUAGAUUUGGAACUGCAAAUUGUAGCAACAGCAAUGAAAGUUGUGAGCCAUUGCUGUCAUGGACACACAUCCAUCUGGUGGUCGCAGCCAUUGCUCAAAGGUGCCCCUGCUGGCAAUAUUCUGCUGGUGUCAAGCAUAGUUUUAUCAGGGAAUAAUUAUCGGAAAAUUGCUCUGAUGUUCAAAUUCCUUAAUAUGUGUCCAGUCAGUUAUCAGUCAUUCUUUAAGACUCAAAAGUCAUACGUUCAGCCAUCAGUGACAAAUUUCUGGAAGAAGAUGCAGGGGAAACAUUUUCUGGAGCUCACACAUCCCCUUGUGGUGUUGGGGGAUCAAAGCAACAACAGCUGUGUCUCUUCAGAAAGAUACCUCACUUACACAAUGAUGGACAAUUGCACUCACAAGAUCCUUGAUGUUCAAGUGAUUGAUGCCAGAGAAGGAGCCAGGAGACUGAGAAAUUUGGAAACCUCUGGGUUCCAACGUGCCUUCCAGUGCUUGGUGAAGAAUAAUCUCUAUGUUUCUGAGAUAGUUACAGAUGCAGAUUCUCAGCUUUUGUCAAUGAUGAAGUCAAAAUAUCCAAAUAUUCUUCACCAGUUAGAUCUUUGGCAUGGGAUCAGAGCUGUCCACGAGAGGAUAAGCAAGGCAGUGGCUUCCAGUAACAAUAAAGACCUACAACCGUGGAUUAGUGACAUCAUAAAACACUUCAUAUACUGCUGCCAACAUAGUAAUGGUGAUGUAAAUACCUUGAUGGCUCGCUGGCGCAGCAUCCUGCAUCACACAGUAAAUGUGCAUGAGUGGCAGCUUGGAGAUGGCUCCACCGCAGCAUCUUGUGAGCAUGGUCAUCUCUCAGACAAGGAAAUAAAGGACAAGCAGUGGCUAACAGCAGGUUCACCUGCUCAUCAUGCUCUUCGUGAAGUGGUCUAUGACAAAUGGCUCACCUCCCACCUCAACUAUUUUGUCCAAGCCAGAGUAACCAAUGAACUGGAGUCAUUUAACAACCACAUUCAAAUGUAUGCUGCUCAAAACUUCACAUAUGAAUAUCAUAGAAUAUUCUCAAAACGCCGCAACCACUGGAGAACUGCUCCCGCAAAGGUCCAGAAACAGUACCACCACUUUGAGACUCUGAGAGAGGACAUGGUGAAAGCAGUACGAUCAAAGGAUGCUGACCGACAACUGCCCAGGGGAUCAGGAACAAGAGGCAGGAGGGUUCCAACCUAGCUAAACAGAUCAAUUUACCAAAGAUCAAAUGAAGAUUAGCAGAAGAAUGUUGAUGUAAAGGAAAGAGAA